AGCCAGCUAGCUAAGUAUUUAUUUGUAACUGAGAGAAAAACAUACAUUAUAUUGAUUACGUUAGCUAUCUCGCGACCUGCUGAAUGAUAAUUCCACAAUAAGGAACAGCUGUGCACCCUCACAUUUCGUAUUUGUCGCUACAUCUGUCGAUAGCUAGCUAACUUAAGAUGGCUGAUUAGCUUAGGCGAACAAUCUGACUUGAUAGCACAAUACGGUGAUAUGGUUUCGUUACCAAGCUGUUAAACUGCGUUAAAGACAAAUAAGCUUCGUUAGCUUUCAACAAUCUUCAAAAAACUAUGCAAACGACGGAUUUUUAUGAUCAGGACCAAAUAAGAGUCAGGGGUGCAUUGCUAUUCGCAGGUCGAGGCUUGUUCCUAUUGGGUUUGUCUGGCUGGCUGGUGUCAGUUUUAUAUCCUUGGCUGAGACCCUCCUCUCCUUCUCCUCGUAAUCGCAGGGAAGUGCCUGAUGAGGAGGUGAAACGGAAACGAGACUUGGCCAGGAAAGAACAACAAAAGAAACAUUUAGAGAAGGCCACUUCUUACGAGGAGUCUGUGCUGAGGCCUCGGAACGAGUCCAGGCUGAGGCAGAGGGAGGAGCGUUUCUACCGCAUGACAGGGGAGGCCUGGAAACUGACCCAGGGGCAGCCAUUAGGGGAAGGGGAAUCACCUGAGCCGCAGUCAGAGGAGGAGGAGGGGAGCGACACCCCAAAUCGACAGGCUGUGAGGAGGAGAAAGCUGCCGGAGAGUGCCACCAGAGCCCCUCCGCAGCCUGAACGUCCUGUGGAAAAGAGGGUUGUGGUUUUGCCAGAAGAGCCACCAGAUGAUGCUGAGGGGGUUGUGAGGGUGGCUUUGAGGUGUCCCAGUGGAAGAACAGUCAAGAGGAAAUUUCUAAAAUCUGACAACUCUCUGGUCCUCUUGGACUGGAUGCUAAAGACUGGGUAUCAUCCUGCGAUCUACACCAUCUGUACCUCCUACCCCCGCAGUCCCCUGGAUGUGGGGAGGGCCCUGACCCUUGAGGAUGCAGGUAUCAAAAUGGACACUGUCCUUAAUGUGGAGGAGAAGGACCCCUCCAUGACCUGAAGAAACAGUGCCAAUUUCCCUGGUCUCAAGGGAUAUUUCUGAACAGUUUUCCCACGUUUGCCAAAGAGAGCAGGUAAUCUGUAAGGACAAAAUGGAUUGCCAGUGGUAGUGCUGAUCGUUACCAGAGUUAGAGUUCCCAGAAUGGUCUAAAUGUGUUUCUGUGCUAUAUUUUUCUUGAAAUUAAUUGGCGGUUUUGAUGUUUUGAUAUAUGGCUCCCCCACCCCCAAGUAAAUAAAAAAUGGGUUUUGUUCAGUUCCUUGAAAAACA